UCCGUUUUGCUCCCUGAGAAUGUCACCGUCCCGGAGAAGAUCACCGCCCCGUCGCUGCCGCACUGGUGGACACUCCCCACCAAAGUUGAGGAGAUCGUCUGCACGGGGAAGAAGAUGUGGCACCCCCCACCACGUGCCAUCUACUGCUUCCAAGAUUGUGAGUUAUGGGUCGGCGAUGGGUACUGUGACCCGGUAAACAACAACGCCUACUGCCACUACGACGGAGGGGAUUGUUGCGUGUCCACAUCCGCCUUCAAACAGGUGAUCACCGUUCCAGCCAGUUGUGACCGCAAGAAGGAGUGUGCCUGCCGUGAUCCCAGCGCCAAAGAGAAUGCACAGAAGCGGUGGGCGACGCGCCCACCGCUUCCCCCAUAGAGGGGACAACAGGGAGCUGCUGCUGCAGAUGGUGACACUGACGUGGCGGCAGCGGCGUCCGCUGCUCAUCGCAGGAGCUCACGGACAGAGUCCAGCGGCCGCCCUGGUCAAUGCCGUGGUGUUCGCUUACCAGAGAAGCACUGCGCGCCAGCUGCUUUGAAGAUCCUGUGAUGUCAUUCACAGCAGGCGCAAGCCACUGCGGGGCAAGAAUCGUGGUCCG